CAAAUUGAAUUGAAGAGUGGGUUACAUAAUUAGAUUUGAUUUGCACAUUCCGACAUUAAUAAAUAAUAUUAUUACAGAGUGAGAGGGUAUGUCUUGAGCUGGAAGCUUCGCUUUUGGGUCUCCGUCUCUCAGAUCUCUCUUCCAUUUUUAGGGUUUUCACUUUCUCGCUUCUUCCUCUGCUCCGAUCUUCAACCGCCUUCGCCAAUCAACUGAUAUUACUAGGGCUUUGGAGUGGAUUGGCUUUGAGAUUGCAUAGAGUUGUUUAGGAUUAAGGAAUCUCAAUGGAUAAGGACAAAUCUGUGGGUCAUGGUGGAGGUUUGCCACCUCCAUCGGGACGUUAUUCAGGUUACUCUCCCACUGGAAGCGCCUUCAAUGUGAAAUCUGAACCGUCGUCGUCGUUACCUUAUCUGCCAUUGGCUCCGGGAACCAGUUCCGACUCUACUCAUUUUGGGCAUGGAAUGUCCUCGGAUUCUAGUGGCUUUAGUCAUGAUAUUAGCAGAAUGCCUGAUAAUCCCCCAAGGAAUAGAGGUCAUAGGCGUGCUCAUUCUGAGAUUCUCACCCUACCUGAUGAUAUUAGUUUUGACAGUGACCUUGGUGUUGUUGGGGGUGCUGAUGGGCCUUCGUUCUCUGAUGAUGCUGAGGAAGACUUGCUGUCGAUGUACCUUGAUAUGGAUAAAUUCAAUUCGUCAUCAGCUACAUCCACGUUUCAAAUGGGCGAGCCGUCUAAUUGUGCAGCAGCGUCGGCCACGGCACAAUCAGUGGGAGUGCCCACCUCUUCUGCAGAAAACAUUGUUAUUGGUGCUAAUGAAAGGCCCAGAGUAAGACACCAGCAUAGUCAAUCGAUGGAUGGGUCAACAACCAUCAAACCUGAGAUGCUGGUCUCAGGCUCAGAAGACGCGUCUGCAGCUGAUUCUAAAAAAGCAAUGUCAGCUGCCAAACUUGCUGAGCUUGCCUUAAUUGACCCCAAACGUGCAAAAAGGAUAUGGGCAAAUAGGCAGUCUGCUGCGAGGUCAAAAGAGAGGAAGAUGCGAUACAUUGCUGAGCUUGAAAGGAAGGUGCAGACUUUGCAAACGGAAGCAACAUCUUUAUCUGCACAAUUAACACUCUUGCAGAGAGAUACAAACGGAUUGAAUUCUGAGAACAGUGAACUGAAGCUGCGAUUGCAAACCAUGGAACAACAAGUUCACUUGCAAGAUGCGUUAAACGAUGCAUUAAAAGAGGAAAUUCAGCAUUUGAAAUUACUGACCGGGCAAGCUAUGCCACCUAAUGGAGGACCUAUGAUGAACUUUGCUUCUUUUGGAGGGGGGCAGCAAUUCUAUCCCAGUAAUCAUGCCAUGCACACCCUUUUAGCUGCACAACAGUUUCAACAGCUCCAAAUUCAUCCUCAGAAGCAGCAGCAGCAUCAAUUUCAGCAGCUUCAGCAACAACAAAUGUUGCAGCAGCAACAGCAACAGCAGCAGCAGCAGCAGGAACAACAGCACCAACAGUCAAGUGACUUGAAAAUGAGAGCAGCCACACCUACUCCAUGCCCCAAAGACAAUGCUUCAUCAGAUGUAAAUCCUUCAGGGGCCAAGGAUUGUUGAGAUUAGAGACUUUAUUUUAUUUUGUACCGCAUCUUAGAUUUGGCCAUGUAUUUUGUAUUAGCGUGUUUAGGUUAUGGUUAUGUUAUAUUUUUUCAUUCUUAAACAGUGCAAAUCAUCCUAGUUAGAGAUUAAAAAUAAUGCGUUUGCAUCUUUGCUAUGUAGAAUACUAAAAUUCUUUGUCACCUUAGUUAAUUGGCUAUGGAUACCCGGGGGUAGGUUCUUGUGUGUUUAGUCUGCCAUCAAUUGCUUUUGCCUACAAUUACAUCUAAAUAGGCACCUUUCGGCUGUUGAGAAAGUUGAUUCAUGUUUCCUAGUGGAAUUGCUUGUCCUUUUACAAACAAGCAUGACACAGGCGCACUCCCGAAAGAGGAUACAGAUCUUUCGUUUAAGCGACUUUUUUAUUUUUUUCACUUAAGCAUGGAACCAUCCGUAUAAGCAAAUAAUUGUUAAUGGGUGAAUCAGGCAAAGGAGAGUUCAAGAGAUGCAACAGGAGUUUGGUGAUCGCAGUGGUGAGGCCCACGUUAUGGUUGAGGAAUUUGCAGGGCAUUUUGGGAAGGGAGCAAUGUAGGUGUGGGGUGCGAGAGUUUGAACCUUUGGGCCAAGGAGAGGAGGGUCAGCAGGGUGGAUUUGAGGAAUGGUGAGGGAAUCUAGGUGAAUUUGAAGGGAAGGUUCUCGCUGAAUUUGAAAAAGGAAGUGGGGUGGUGUUUUUCUGGGUCUUGCUUUCGCUUAAAUGAAUGGUUCCGCGCUUGAGCAAAAAACAAAAUCUUUUAAACAAGAGACUGUAUCCCCUAAAGAAGCUGCUGAUGUUCAUUAGAAGCUCCAUUUCUAGCUUCUCCGUUAAGAAGCUCAUAUCAAUUGUUUAUCCUGCCUUUGGGAUAACAUUUUUCAACCAAUGAACUUAUGUUGAC